UGGAGCAAACCCAGCAGUCUCAGCCUCAUGCUUCAUCCUGGGCACUUCUCCUCCUCCUGUCCGCUGCUGAGAACAUUGUGACACUAUUUAUUUUUAUUAUUAUAUCCAAAAAAAUAAAGAAUAAUAUAAAGGAGAGGAGGGGGAGAAGGGGGGCCGAGUCAUGGAGCUUUAUUGCCUGGAGUCGGACACAACCGUGAGAGCUCAGCCUGACCCAAACAUCCUUUGUGAUGACAGAGUGCUGCAAAGUUUAUUAACUAUUGAGGACAGGUUUUUACCUCAAUGCUCGUAUUUCCAGCGGGUCCAGAAGGAUAUUCAGCCUUAUAUGAGACGGAUGGUUGCAGGCUGGAUGCACGAGGUGUGUGAAGAGGAGAAGAGUAAUGAAGACGUCUUCCCUUUAGCUAUUAAUUAUUUGGACAGAUUUUUAGCCGUGGUGGUCACAAGAAAGAGUUAUCUGCAGCUUCUGGGAGCUGUGUGCAUUUUUCUGGCUUCAAAGUUAAAGGACUGCAGGCCGCUAUCAGCAGAAAAACUUUGCAUGUACACAGACAACUCCAUCACACCACGGGAACUGCUGGACUGGGAACUGGUCGUGCUGGGGAAGUUGAAGUGGAACAUGGCCUCUGUUAUCCCAAAUGAUUUUAUAGAGCACAUCAUACGCAGACUCCCUCUCCCCAAAGACAAGCUGGCGAUGGUCCGAAAACACACGCAGACGUUCAUCGCCCUCUGUGCUACAGAUGACCGCCUUGCCAUGAACCCUCCUUCCAUGAUCGCCACAGGCAGCAUGGGAGCCGCUAUCUGCGGCCUGCAGCUGGACCACACUGACCAGAGGCUGAGUCGAGAUAACCUGACAGACCUGCUCGCUAAGAUCACCAACACAGAAGUGGACUGUUUGAGGGCCUGCCAGGAGCAAAUAGAGCGUGUGCUGGCCACCAGCCUGCAGCAGGGCCAGCAGUGCCGGCAGGAGGCGGCCAUCCGAGCAGGCAGCAAGGCGAGAGAGCAGCAGGACCAGUCCAGCACCCCCACAGACGUACGGGACGUCAACUUAUGAACCCUCUCCCGGCUCACAUACACACCGCUCAUGCCUGUGUACCAAUGAACUGAGAGGGAGCGAGGGGGGCUGCCAGUAUGAGGACGCCACAUGAUUGAUGGUGUGACAAUCAAAUGAACUGUUAGAAUAUAAGAAAUUUCUAGUUUUUCUCCUUUUUUACCCUGUUCAUACAUGGCUGGGUGUCCUUUCAUGUUAUCCAACAAGCUAUUUAAAAAAAACGGUUAAAAACUUGAUAGCGCCUAAAGGUCUCCCAGAGCGGAAACCUGAAUAUAUUUUCAUACUUGAAAAAAACAGCAUAAUUAUAUGAAAUAUGCAUAUUUCUUUUGAUACAACCUAGCAUAAAUAAAUAUAAUAAAUAUUGUAUAUUUAGUUAGCUUUUAGUUAUGUUACUCUUUUAUCGUCUUUAGUGAGCAGUUAUCAAUUCCCAGAUUGAUUGAGAACUUUGAUUCACACUCAUUUGUGCAGGAAACUUCCUAUAGCAGUGAUUUAAGUGAAACAGCACUUGGCAUUUAAACAAAGCUGAUAGCCUAACAGCGGGGCGCUACCAUAGCUAGCUGCUAUCUCUCUCUCUCUCUCUCUAUCAUACUGUGCACCUGUAGCACUGCUUCCUAUUUAUGCUGAGAAGUGAGGCCGGAGUGGGCUGGGCCUGCUCACAGAGGGAGCUGUUGGAGGUCUUUAUUUCACUGCUAAAUCCACAGUUUGAUAUAGGAUCACGUUUGUUAUAGUUUAGAUAGGCUACAUUAUUGAUCUGUUCCUGCUCUAGCUUGUUAAAGAGCAUUAAAGCUGUGUAAUAGAGGAGUUUAAUGCUCAGCUGGACAGUACUGAUGUCAUGUUAAAGGAAGAUUUUGCAAGUUUUUAUGAGGUUUGCGAGGAAUUGAAUGCAGUGUAAGGGGUUCUUAAGUGGUUUUUCAAGAAAGGCAAUGCAAGUGGGGAAAGGUUGGAUUGAUUGCAACAUAGCGAGGGAAGUUAACUUAAGCUAUACGUUUCUGCAGUUGCUCAUACUUGAGUGACACAAGAGGAGGAGAAAGAAGCGGAGUAAUCCCCAAUGAUGUCAGGGGAACACUUUUAGGUCUGCUGCAGAUUUAUCAAUUUUGACCAUAUAUUCUUGAGAGCAGAUAUCGAUGCACUUUUAAAAACACACUCCUUAAGAUCGGUAAGGGGAAAGUGGUUGAGGAGAGUUGAGUGGGUUUUAGGGUCAUUUUUUAAUUUUUCUUUUAAGUUAUUUGAUUUUUUUUUUUUUUUUCUUUUUUUUGGGGCUGGAUUCCCAUGGGGUAACGCACGUUGUCUUGAAAGCUAUGCCCCGAUAGCUGAGUAGACGUAGGAAAAUUGGUGUAAUAGUAUAUAAACUAAGGAAAGCCAAGUCACUUAUAGACUUAGAUUUUUUUUAAUUCAGUGCGAUUAUUUAACCUUGAACUUGAAUUUUUUUCAUUCAUAGCCUAAACCUUCCAAUAGUUCUAAGAGUUAAACACAUACUGUCUCCUAAUAUACUCUUCCUUGUUUUUGUUUUGCUCUUUUUACGUUAACUGCUCUCUGAUCUGAAGUUUUUCUCCAUCGUAGACAUUGCUAAGUUUUGGGUUUACAUGGCGGGAAAGUGUGAUUGUAUAUAACAAACUCUUCCACAUGCAGAAGUCCUACAAAUCCUCAUUACAUUUUAGAACGUUCCUAAAUUGUGUUCCUGCAUAUUCUGUUGUGCAAAAACGCCAAAUGUUGUUCCAAAAAAAGUGCUUUAAACAGAAAAAAUGUUUAUGCUUUUAUGGUUUUGUGUAUAAUUCAAAAGAGAUGAUUCCAAAGUGAGACAACAAGAUUAUACACAUCAUUCUCUUGCUGCUAUGAAGCUUUUCUUUUCUAGUCUUACACAAAGAGGCCUUAUGUGAUUCACUUGUGUGCUGCUAUAUUAUGAAAUGUUGGAUUUGUAACUUUUUUUUUUUUUUUUUUUUUUUUGCUUCUCUGUUGUAUGUGUACCGGAGGGAACGUAACAGAUGGUGCGGGACUGGAAGUACUUGUUUAUUGAUCUUUUUGAUUAGCAUGUUUAACUCUUUUUUGUAUCUUUAUAUGCUAUCAUAUUCUUGCUGCUUCUUUGUUUGUGUACCUCAGGUUUAAUUGGAUGGAUAGAGCGAGAGCCCAACUCGCAUUACCUCAUCAAAACAUCACACCACAUACACUUUGUUUUUUUUUGUUUUCACUCUGAAUUCGUUCAACGGGUUUCACUUUUUUUUCUGUCUGGAUGAGAGGAAAGAUGGUGCUUCUUCUCUUUAAAUCAAAUAAUGUCUUCCACUGUUCAUUCAUAAGUGCUUAGACUUUAAAAUAGGUUAUUUCACAUUUAAAUGUCAAAAACAGCCUGUGCUGAAUGUUUUAUGUGUAUUGGAAAGACAAAAAAAAGUUUCUGUUUCCUUCCUGGGAGUUUUAUCAGCAUGUUCAUUGGAGUAAAAUGAAAUGUUUAUUUUUGAGGUACCCAUUUGGUCAAAUUUUAAACCACAGGAAUGUUUUUGUCAUUGUUCAGUGUGGUUGUUAUUCGAAACUCCUCUCCCGUGAUCCCAAUGUGCAACCACACAGCGUACCUCAAAUAUUUCUCAUAAAUAAAAUUGGCCAAAAUCA